AUCGAUAUUCCGCCAUAACGUGUAUCUCAUAGCAUCACCAUAAAUGUAUUCCUAUAUGUGUCGUCAAAUGGUAAACAAAUCAACAAGAUGAAUUUGGAGACCGAAGACAACCUGCCGAAGUGUCCGGACGAGGAAAUUAAACUUCCGGAACUUGGUUGCACAGGCAUUCGAAAGAAAAUCAGAGAAAAGUGGAAAGAAAUUGUUACAAGUGUGAAAAGCAUGGAAAUUCUCAAUGAAGAUAUUAAUAAGCACAAGAGAUCACUGUUCUUGUUCGCAACUAUUGGCCUUAUAGCAACUGUUCAUUUAAUUGUGACGCUUCUCAUCAACGCAUCAGGGUAUCGGACGUCUUCAUUGGUAAACCACGCCCAUUUUGACAAGACAACAAAAGAGUGCCUUGAUAACGAAGACUGUCCUUGGAAUCUUGUGUUUUCAGAACUCGGUGAUAAACUGUUAUUAUUAGAAAUGGCAUUCAAAGAGCAAGCUUCCGCACGAGAAGGAAUCGAGAACGCCGUGAACAAUCACACGACAACACAUAUGUUCACAACAGGUCGUUUGUCUGAACUCAUAUCCAGAAUUGAGAACUUGACAGUAAAUUACGAACAAAUGGACAAAAGAGUGUCAUCUUUGUCAAGAAGAUUGUUUUCAGAUGAAAUAAUCGGUUUCAUAUUAUUCGUCAUUGUGAUGGUUGAGGUUGUACGACAAAUUAGACCUCACGUGAGACCGUUGAUUGAUCUGAUAAAGAGUAAGAUAGCCACCAUGAGAGCAAAGAAGGCUCACAUGAAUGGUGCAGUCAUGAAUGGUAUGACAGAGAAUGAAAUAGACAGACUGAAGGAUGAAACAGAUACCAUGAUAAGAAAAGAGGAGAAAAAGGUUAUGUUUCAGCAGACUAACUCUCCUAACAUAUCAAUGAUACCAAAAUUAGGAAUUUUGAAGAACGAAGUCUGUAUCGUGCUCUUCAAGUACGAAAACAUCCCUGUCUACACAAACGUGGUGGAGGCCAUGUUGAACCAGUUCUACGACGUCAAAGUCGCCGCUGUUUCGCAUCCGUACUUCAUGAUAGAAUCACAGAAAGACAUAAACAGCAUUCCACAUGUUAAACUUUUCAUCGUUAUUUGUAAUAGUCAUGGUAACCAUACCAACGGAGGUCGUGACCUUUUGGCUGUUUCGUUAAAGAUAAUGAAACGACUUGGAGCGACGAUCAUCGUGAUAAUAGGGAAUGAUGAAGGUUCCGUGAAGCUACCAUCUCACAAUCUCUACAAUACCAAUUUACAUCUAAUAAAUUCUAUAGAUAUGAUGCAAGAACUUGCCUAUAACAACUUAGUGUUCAGCGUCCAACAUGAGAUGACGUCAUUCCAUCAAACUAGUCACUUUCGAAAGACUAUUAAAACAGUUUUGAAUGCAAGGCUAAAUGCUCAGUGUAGACAUUUGCUUAAAGCUGACUGAGAAAAUUAUAACAAUUCGCAUUUAAAAUCGUGAGCUUGCAUCUUGCUGAAGAUUUGGAAGUUCUUGUUUAGAAGACACAAUCUCUCCGCAUUCUGACCCCUCCCUCAUUCCAAACAAGUCCUUUCGUAAUAAAGCUGUUUCAUAUUGAAAAACAGCGCCGCAAUUUUAGAGACAUUUUCGUAAAAAUAAAGUGAUUAUGAUAAGAUCUUGCUUCUGUGUACUUCUAAACGAAAACGUUUGUAUGACGAUGCAUAGAGGUGUGAAAUCCUUUUGGAAAUAAUGGACCACAGAAGAAUAGGGGGGAAAUCUAGAUUAGAAAAGGAUCCAUCCCUAUGCAUAUCAACGUCAACAUGUAUUAUAACAAGGCGCAAGAUGAUUCUAAUGACUAGUUUGGAAAACGGGGCGAAAAUGCACGGCAAGAUUGUGCCAAGUAAAAAAUAACAAUAUUCAAAAAGAUUUAAGUGGGAUAACUUUGACUCCUUUAUUAGUAUUAUUAAUUCAUUUAUUUGUAUUUAUCUAUUUAUAAAUGAGGCUCUUCAUGGGGAUUGGAUAAGGAAUUGUCUAUUCUUUUGUUAUAAAUGUAUCCAAGUUCAUCCCUUAAUUUUCAAAGAUUGAUUGUUUAGUUUAUUUGAUUACCCGGUAGCCAGCCCUAUGAGGAACCUCAUUUUUUAUUCAACAAAAGAGACGAAAACUGUCUGAUAUAUGUCAAAAUUCGCCCUGUUCAAUUUCAUUAAGGGAACAACCAUUUAACUUCAAGGGUGUUAUAAUUUUGUCUGUGUCAAAAAAAAAUGUUUUCCAAUGCUAUCAAUCAAAUAUUUUUUUCUCUCAAUAUUUUACACUAUAAGGAACGGGGAAAAUCUGGAUUCAGAAUAAUGUUUUUGUCAUCUGCUUGGCCAGAUUAUCUUUUUUGUAAUCAAAUUGGGGAUCAGAAUAUGUUUUUCUUUGAAGUUAAAUGGUUGUUCUCUAACACUAAGAGCAAACAGUUCCGUCUUUUAGGUUUUUUAAGUGUAAUUAGUGUUUUUUACCAGUAUUUAUACAACAAAUAAUCAUUUUUUUCUUCCUCAUCAUUUUGCCUAUUUCUGAAUCGUCUACCAUUGAAACUUAAAAUCACCAUGCAUUCAUAAUAUAUAUAUAUAUAUAUCAUGCUUAUUUUUACUGGGGAAGCUUGGUUUUAAAAGUAAAUGUGUGUUUGUUUGUAUGAACAUUGUAUUGUGAAUAUCCUGUAUAAGUAUAAUAAAAAUAUAUGACAUGGUAACGAGAAUUGGCGAGAUGUUAACUAUAAAAUUUUCCAAUAAUAUUAAAAUCCCGCUCAAGUUUAACACACUGUAGUCAAUAUAUCUUUAUUACCAUUCGUGUGAAUGUAGUGAUUGUUUUUCAAAUGGAUGCAAAUUAUUAUAUAUUGUUGAUUACUUUGCCAAAGAAAUAAAUAUUUUUUAAUAAU